AUGGCGCGCUUUUCCUCCACUGGCAGCAUAAUCCCCCGCGGGUACCUCCGCCCCAAAUCUCGCCGUCGUCAUAUCUUCCUCCUCGCCCUCUUACUUCUCUUCAGCAUCGCUUACUUCCUUCACUCCUCCUCCUCCUCCUCUUCUCCAUCAUCAGCACAUGCUGUCUCAGAGUUCGCCUGGCUAGAACACCACAUGAACUCUCCUUUCCCCUCUCUAACCAAAUUAAUAUCGAAUACUUCUUUCGACUGGAACUCCGUCCCCUACAAAUACCCUCCACCCUUUCCCCUCCGGCACUUACCUCUACCCAUCAACUCCUCCCCCUCUUUACCACCCAUCCAACACCACUUCCCUCCCGAAUCCCGCGCAGCUCGCAAACUCCGCGAAUCCCGACGGCAGCAAGUCAAAAAAGUUUUCAUCAAAAACUGGAACUCCUACAGGACCCUAGCAUGGAAAAAGGAUGCUUUGCUGCCCAUUUCCGGGGGAUAUAAAGAUCAAUUCUCCGGAUGGGCCGCUACGCUAAUCGACUCACUGGAUACGUUAUGGAUCAUGGGUUUACGACGGGAAUUCGACGAGGCAGUGGAUGCCGUUGCUGAUAUUGAUUUCGGGACUGUCAAAGAAGGAAGUGGAAGGGUAAAUACCUUUGAGACCAACAUUCGGUAUUUGGGCGGACUUUUAGGGGCGUAUGACCUAAGUCAACGGGAAUUUUUACUUAUCAAGGCGAAGGAAGUAGGUGAUCUGUUAUUCGCGGGGUUCAACACCGCCACUCGAAUGCCUGUGGAUUUUAUCGAUUUCGAGCGGGCCAAGGAGGGAAAAGAAGGGUUGGAAGUGGAGGAGAGUGUAGUCAGCGCUAGUCCGGGAACGUUGACUUUAGAAAUGACGAGACUGGCGCAGGUGACGGGGGACAUGAAGUAUUACGAUGCGGCGGCGAGGGUGAUGGAUGUUUUUGAGCGGGGGCAGAAUCGCACCAAAAUCCCGGGGUUGUGGCCUGUCUAUGUGUCGAUGGCAAGGCAGGACGUAGUGACGAGCGGGAAUCAGUUUGGCGUGGCGGGAGGCGCGGAUUCGUUGUAUGAGUACUUGCCCAAGAUGUAUGCGCUGACAGAGGGGAUGGAGACGCGGUACGAAAGCAUGUCGAGAGCGUUUUUGGAGGCGGCGGAUGAGAAACUUUUCUACAGACCGAUGGUGCCGGGGAAUGAGGACGUCUUGAUGAUUGGGACGGCGGAUGUCAUCGUGGACACGGAUGGGAAGGAGGAGAUGGUGCUGAAUCCGGAGAGCGAGCAUUUGGGGUGUUUUCUGGGAGGGGUUUAUGGACUUGGUGGGAGGUUGUUUGGGAGGCUGGAGUGGGUGGAGAACCAGGGUGUCAAGAUCACAAGGGGGUGUGUUUACGCUUAUAGGGCGAUGCCGACGGGGAUGAUGCCCGAGAGGUAUAACAUGGUGCCUUGUCCGUCACGCGAUGAUGCGAGUUGCCGGUGGAAUGAGGAGGUGUGGGAGAGGGAGAAGAAGAAGCGGCUUGAGUGGAAGCAACAUCUGCCAAAGGGGUUCACGACGGCGAAGGAUCCGAGGUAUAUCCUGCGGCCAGAGGCUAUUGAGAGCGUGUUUGUCAUGUGGAGGAUUACGGGCAGACAGGAGUUCCAGGAGGCGGCGUGGGAUAUGUUUACGGCUGUGAGCAAUGGGACGGAAACCGAGUUUGCGAAUGCGGCCGUGCUGGAUGUGACCAAGGCCGAGUAUCCUCUGCCAAAGGAGGAUUACAUGGAGGUGAGAGUUCUUCUUACCUUGACCCGAUAUGACGCCGGAUUCAAGCAAUAG